AUGGUGAGCACCAAGCUUGCGUUCCUGGCCGUCGCCGUCCUGCUUCUGCAGGCGUCGUGGUGUGCCGUGGCCCGGCACCACCACGACCCGGAUCCAUGCGUGAACCCAGACCCCGCCCACCGCUGCUCGUCCCUGGCCGUGUCGCCCAACGGUGGUACGCCGGCGGUGAUGACGGUGACCUCGUUCGAGGCUGACGGGAGCGGGGGCGGCCCCGCGGCGUGCGACGGGGGCUACCACAACAACGGCGACCCGCUCGCGGCGCUUUCCACGGCGUGGUACGGGGACGGAAGCCGGUGCCUAAAGCCGAUCCGCAUCACGAGCACGCAGACCGGGCGCAGCGUCAUGGCCGAGGUCGUGGACGAGUGCGACACCGACAGCGGCUGCAAGGACAACGAGGUCAGCACGUCCCAGGCCGUCUGGGAGGCGCUCGGCCUCACUACCAACAUCGGCGAGGUUUCCAUCACCUGGUCCGACGCCUAA